GUGGACCUUUCCAAAGACAUCCAGCACUGGGAGUCCCUGAAGCCUGAGGAGAAGUACUUCAUUUCUCACGUCCUCGCCUUCUUUGCUGCCAGCGAUGGCAUCGUCAAUGAAAACUUGGUAAGUAUGUUCAGUCAAGAAGUACAAAUCACAGAAGCUCGUUGUUUCUAUGGCUUCCAGAUUGCCAUGGAAAAUAUACAUUCAGAAAUGUACAGUCUUCUUAUUGACACCUACAUUAAAGAUUCUAAAGAGAGGGAAUUUCUUUUUAAUGCUAUUGAAACGUUACCAUGUGUUAAAAAGAAGGCUGACUGGGCCAUGCGCUGGAUUGGGGACAAGAAAGCAACAUAUGGAGAACGCGUAGUAGCUUUUGCAGCAGUGGAAGGAAUUUUCUUUUCUGGCUCUUUUGCAUCAAUUUUUUGGCUGAAGAAAAGAGGAUUAAUGCCUGGACUCACUUUUUCUAACGAACUCAUCAGUAGAGAUGAGGGUUUGCACUGUGAUUUUGCCUGCCUCAUGUUCAAGCACUUGGUACGCAAACCAUCAGAGGAGAGAGUAAAGGAAAUCAUCAUGAAUGCUGUUCUCAUAGAACAGGAAUUCUUGACGGAGGCACUGCCUGUAAAGCUGAUUGGCAUGAACUGCACUUUAAUGAAACAGUACAUAGAGUUUGUAGCAGACCGGCUUAUGUUGGAACUGGGAUUUAACAAGAUAUACAAAGCAGAGAAUCCUUUUGACUUCAUGGAAAACAUCUCUCUGGAAGGCAAGACCAAUUUCUUUGAGAAACGAGUAGGUGAAUAUCAGAGGAUGGGAGUCAUGUCGAAGCCCACAGACAACUCUUUCACCCUGGAUGCGGAAUUUUAAAGGAACUGAGACCAUAUGAGUUAGUGUGUACGCUCCCCUGUUUACAGGGAAACCUUAAGUAUAUUCAGCCAGUGUGACUUGAUUCCUGUACUAAAAUCCCACUCUUGAAAAGUGUGGUGAUAUUGGUACUUUUCAGGAGGCUGGUGUAGCUCCAGCAGUAAAAUCCCUUUUUAUUAGACAUUGCCAAUGUUUAAUUCAUAGAAUGUUUAGAUGUACCUCUUACAACAUAUGCUACUCCAUUUUGUGGAAGAUAUGGGCACCUUCCUUCUGCAAGAUGGGAGG